AGAUGGUUAAGAGAAGGUAUAAAAUGCCUGUCACACAUUUUCUGGCAAGAACAUUUAAGAGAGGACUACAGAAUCACUUAACAGUUGUAGAUGCAGAAUGAAGUGUGUGGGUUGGGCAUCACCAGCUCUGCUGCUGCUGUUACUUCAUUGUGGUACUGUAGAUCUGCUGUGCACAAUGUCUCGUCAAAUGCACUACAUAGAGCGGGAAGAAUGUAAAUAUUGUGUGGCGAUCAAUACCACUAUCUGCUCUGGGUAUUGUAUUACAAGGGACCUGAAUGUAAAGACCCUAGUACCCAAGUCCCUGCUGUCUCAGAAUAUCUGCACAUACAGCACUAUAGUAUACAAGAAGCUGAAGGUGCCGGGCUGCCCACCUGAUGUAGACCCAUACUAUCAUUUUGCAGUGAUCACCGGUUGCAAGUGCAGCCAGUGUAACACGGAUACCACUGACUGUGUUAAUGAGGCUGAAGGAGCAGCCUACUGCUCUAAACCCCAGUGGCGCAUCCCAGUAUCAAACUCAAGAAUCCCUCUGAUCAAGUAGCAUCUUCUGCCUCAUUUUCUACUAAAUGAAUUUUGAGAAAAAGCCUAUAUACAUACAGUGCUUCUCUCUGCAAGAAAACACAAUUUCAGUGCGUGAUUAUGACACCCAAACUGUACUGAAUUUCAUUGUCUUACAGUUUAUGUAAUGCUAAAAUCUAUUUCUCUAUGUCAUAAAUGUCAGUUUGUACAACUUGA